AUGGCGACCGAAAAAUACAUGCCAGAUGUUGAACAACCUUUAGAGCUUAACAGCCCUGAUGUUGUCAACGAUGGUCUCAACGCACGCGAAAAAGCCUUGGUCUGGAAACAAGAUCUACGCAUCAUUCCCUUAUGCGCUGCAAUUUACUUGCUUUGUUAUCUCGAUCGCUCUAACAUCGGCAAUGCCAAAAUCUUGAAUUCGGACACUCACAAUGAUCUUCUCUCGGAGACUAAUAUGACAGCGUAUCAGUACACAAUUGCACUCAUGGUAUUCCUGAUCGCAUAUGCAUUGUUCGAAGUCCCAUCAAACUACUUCCUGAAGAAGCUCCGCCCAAGCCGCUGGAUCGCCUUCCUCAUGCUCUCUUGGGGAGCAACAACAAUGGGUCUCGGCGGCGCCCAUAACUACGCCCAAGUAACAGGGCUCCGAUUCCUCCUCGGCGUUAUGGAAGCUGGCCUCUUUCCCGGCUUCGUAUACUACCUUACAUUCUGGUACCGCAACUCCGAGCGAUCGAUCCGCGUAGCCCUGAUUCUCGCCUCGGCAACACUAGCUGGUGCGUUUGGUGGUGCUAUUGCCUUUGGCGUGGGCCAUAUGAAUGGCGCCCAUGGCCUUUCUGCUUGGAGGUGGCUGUUUAUUAUUGAAGGGGCCCCAUCGUGCGCGUCUGCUGUUUUGGUCUGGUUCGUGUUGCCGGAUUACCCGGAGACUGCUAGUUGGCUUACUGCUGAGGAGAAGGAGCUUGCUGCGCAGAGGUUGAUUUUGGAAGGAUCUAAGGGCUCUGCCCAUGCUAUGUCUUGGGAGGAUGCUAAGGCUACGCUGACGGAUUGGAGAUUGUACGCUCAUUAUGCGGUAUACUUCGGCAUCUCGACGCCAUUCUCAAGUCUUUCUCUUUUUACGCCUGCCAUCACCGCUGGUCUGGGAUACUCUGAUCUCCGUGCUCAGUUGAUGACCGUGCCUCCGUACGCGGUGGCCUACGUCGUGACUGUAGCCGUGGCCUGGUCUGCGGACUACUUCAACAGCCGUGGUCUCCAUUCAGCCAUAUUCUCUUUCGUUGGGGCAAUGGGCUUCCUCGCCUCCGCAGUUCUCCCCGCCAGUGCAUAUCUAAGCCGCUACGGAUGCCUCAUAGUCGCGGCAAGCGGUGCCUUUGCCUGCAUCCCACCUCUACUAGGUUGGCUAUCCUCCAAUAUCAGCUCAACAGCCGGCGCAGGGCUCGCAAUCGCACUCAAUGUAUCAUUCGGUGCACCAGGUCAGAUUGUCGGCGUCUGGAUCUACAAAAGCGACGAAGCAAAGAUCGGAUAUCCAACCGGGCAUUGGACAAAUGCAGCAUUGCUUUUCUUUGUGGCAGCCGGCUGCAUUCUAUUGAGGCUCUACUACGGGUGGCGCAACCGCCGCGGAGACGGGGCAAGAGACGGAAAGAGUUUUGCGUAUUAG